AUGUCCUGCUCGCCACACGCCGCCUCCCUCACAGCCGCCCUCCUCUCCUCACUCUCCUCCCUCCCCUCCUCCUCCUCUUCCUCCUCCUCCUCCCCCACACCUACCCCUUUCUCUCUUGACCACGAGUCCUAUCGUCUGCUCCUCCGCUCCUUCUACUCCCACAACCACCUCCCCCUCAUCCCACCAACCGUAGCCAGCAUGAUUCAAGCAGGCUAUCCCCUCAGCCAAUGGGAUGCCGCCAUGUGGCUCGAUGCCCUCGCUGCCCAGGGCGACGUUGCAGGGAUCCGGACAGCUGUUGGGGAAAUUUUGGCGCUCGGGCUGCCCGAGCCGGAAAGUUUUCGGAUGGCCAUGGUUCUGGGGUUGGCGAGAGCGGGGGAGAUGGACCGAGCUUGGAGCGUGUUUGUCGGGGAGGGUGAGAGUGAGGGAGUGAGUGAGGGAGUGAGUGAGGGAGUGGCGAGCCAGGUUCCUCUGAAGCACGACGUGGAGGCGAGCAAGAGGGGCGUGGAGCCUAGUCUGUAUGUGAUGCUGGUGGAGGCAAUGGUGGGGGCGGGGCGGAUGAGACAGGCAGAGGCGGUGUGUGCGGAGUAUGGGCGGGCCCACUUGGUCACUGUGCAGAGGUUCAAAUAUGGGCGCCCCUACACUGUACUCCUGUCCGCCUACCUUCUGGCAGGCGAUCUCUCGUCCUUUUCCCGCGUGUGGGCGGCAAUGCGGGCAGGCGGCCGCCCGGCUGACAGCUACGCGCUUCGUCUGCUAGCCAAGGCCUGCGCGUCUGUGGGCGGGCUCCGGGGGCUGGCUGUGAUGCUGUGGGCGGCAAGAGAGGGUCGGGAGAGGGAGGUGGGAGGGAGUGAGGGAGGGAGUGUGGGAGGGAGUGAGGAAGUGGAUGGUCAAACGUGGGAUGCUGCCGGGGCGAGAGGUGGAGCAAGUGUGGCAGUGGCAGAAGGCAGUAUAACAGAUGAAGCCGGUGCAGUCAGCGGUGCAGCAGCAGCGGCAGCAGCAGGAGGAGCAGGAGCAGGUGCAGCAGGUGUAGGAGGUGCGUGUGCAAGUGCAGCGUUGGCAGGAUUACCAGAGCUGAUAGACUCGAUAGAGGUAUCUCCAGAGGAGGUGGAGGCGGCAGAGAGGCAGUUCCCGGUGCUGGCAGGCGAGCUGAGGGCCAGUGACAAGGCGCUCAGGGUAGUUGUUAGAUACCUGUUCAAGGAUGCUGACGUGGCGGCUGGAGAGGAUAUCGCGCCUGCGGAUGUGGCGUCUGGAGAUGAUGUAGCGUCUGCUGAUGUGGCAGUGAGUGGGGAGAAGGUGGACGGUGGCGUGGUGGAGAGUGAUGGGCAUGGGGUGGUUGCGGCGGGAAGCGGAUGGUCCGAGGAGCGUGUGGGUCUGCAGGCAGCAGCAGAGGAGGCUGUGUGUGUGCCAGCAGCAGCAGCGAGGGUGGUGGGUCCUGUGGGCGUGCAGGCAGCAGGAUUGCCAGAGGUGGUGGUGGGUGGUGGAAGGAGCGAGGCGUCAGAGGAGGCUGUGGGUGUGCAGGCAGCAGGGCAGCAGGCUGUGAGUGGUGGAGGCGUUGAGGCGUCAGAGGGAGAGUAUGAGGGUGAGGCUGCACGGGACGUGCUGGGGCAGUCGGUGUGCACGAGUGAUGGGAUGGAGGAGGCGGUGGAGGAAGCACAGAGAGAGGAGGGGGAGAGGGGAGCGGGGGGAGAUGAGGGAGACAAGAGGGAGGGAGGAAGAGUGGAAGAAGAGAGGGUAGGGAAUGGAGAGGGGGAGGAAGUGGGAGCAGCAGAGGUGAAGGGGGGGUUGGAGGGAGGGCGGGGAGGCAGAGGAGGGCAGGAGGGGGAGGAACGGGAGACAGUGGGGGCUGCAGUGGUGGGAUUAAGGGGCGGUAUAGGGGAGGCGACUUUUGAGUCGACGCAAAAGGAGGGGGAGGAGCGGGAGAAUGUGGGGGCUGCAGUGGUGGAAGUGAGGAUCGGGGAAGGGGAGGCCAUGGAGAGAGUGAGAUUGCCAGUGCUGGCAGCAGCAGGGGUCGAGGGAGGGAGGGAGAGCACCGUUGGUGGGCCCUCGCUGCGAAGGCCAGUUGUGGGCGGCAGUGAGGAUCAACGAGAUACAGGGCAGGCGGCUGUAGCGAAAGCAGCUGUAGUAGAGCGGGCUGUAGCGGAUGAGGCUGUAGCGGAGGAGGCUGUAGCGGAUGAGGCUGUAGCGGAGGAGGCUGUAGCAGAGGGUGCUGUACAGGCUGCUGUGGGUAGUAACGAGACUGACGUAGAGGCAUCUGUAGCAGAGACGGCUGUAGCAGAGGCGUCACCAAAGGGCGAUUUACCUGAGGAGAUGGUAGCGCAGGCGGGUGGAGGAGAGGCAGAGGUGGUGGUCGUGGAUGGCACUACAACGAAGGCUGAGGGGAAUAAGGCCGCAGACACUGAUGCUAUACCUGAGGAGAUGGUAGUGCAGGCGGGUGGAGGAGAGGCAGAGGUGGUGCAUGACACUACAACGAAUGUGACUGCAGCAGAGGCUGUGGAGAAUGAUGCUGUUGCAGGGGAAGGGGAGGGUGAUAGGGUAGGCAACAGGGUAGGCACCAGGGUAGGCGACAGGUUAGGCCAGAGGUUCGGCAACAGGGUCGGCGACAGGGUCGGCGACAGGGUUGGCAACAGGGUCGGCGACAGGAUUGGGGACUAUGUGCAGAGCACUUACUGGGGCGUGGUGUGGGACCCUGAGAGUGGCGCCGAGGGCAGGGAGGCGCGGCCGGGAGGUACAGGCAGGCGGGGAGGAAGGGGGGGAGGAAGGGGGGGAGGGCGGGAGCGGGCGAGGGUGGGGGAGAGAGUGCGGAGUGCACUGGAGGAGCUAGAGAGGGCGGAGGAGGGGGAGCUGGCGGAGAGAUGGGCGCAGCUGGCGCAGGGGGAGGGGGGGAGGGGCGGGGAGAGGGGCGGGGAGAGGGGGGGAGCGGGGGGGAGGAGGCAGGGGGCGGCUCAGAGAGUGGAGCAGACUUGGGAGCUGAUGGGGGAGAAGCGGGCGAGGCUGCGAGGGGAUCGAGAGCGGUUGAGUCCGGUGAUGGGGAUUGGUCGGGGAGUGGGGAAGGAGGGGAGUGAGGGGGCGGAAGAGGCGGGGAUGGGGGAGUGGGCGCAAGAGGGGGAACGGGAAGAGGAGGGGAGGGGGAGUGAGGUGGUGUGGAAGAGGGUGGAUCCAGAAGAGGCUUGGCUGUUCGUUCAAGAGCAAAUGGCGGAUCCCGCCGCCCCUCCGCCCCCUCCUGCUGCAUGGGGGCGUGUUCUCUCUGCCCUGCGCGACCCCGGGCAGUACGGGCAGCUGAAAGAAGUUUACCGGAUGAUGCUAAGCGCUUUGGAGCGGGAGGGGACUCAAGUGCACGGGCAGCAGGGGCAGGAAGGGCAGGAGGUGCUGAAGGGGGGGCAGCAGGGGCUGGAGGAGCUGAGAGCGGUGCAGCAGGGGCGGGAGGAGCUGCAAGGGGGGCGGAGCAUGAGUCGUUAUGCUGCGACUCCUGAUGGGGGGCUCCCUUUACAGAGCUCUCUACUCUUCGUGCUGAACGGCGCUUGCGGCCCCAACCAGCCGUUCCCCUCCCCGGCGGUGCUUGUUGCCUUUGUUGCCUCUAAGGCCACUCAGCUGCCACCAGAGCCCCACGUGUCUGAUGAACUGGCGACAGCUGGCGCGGUUAUACCUGAUGCAGUUACGUCGGACAGGGUUACGUCUGCGGCGGCCCCGUGUGCCAGCUCAGCGUCGUCUGCGCAUGCCAGAAUGGAGCUUCUGAAGCAGCAGUUGAUUGGAGUGGUUCGGCCGGACGAGAGACGCGAGGAGGAGAAGUGGGAGGGAGGCUCGGUGGCCGUGCUAGGCUCGACGGAGGCUCGGGAGGAGCUGGCCAAUCGGAUGGAAGCACUUUUACAGGCCAGUGCUGCUGCCCGGCAGGCUGCCUGGGAAGCGAAAACUGCCCGGCGGGCAGCUGAACAGGCAGAGUGGGCAGCGAAACAGUUGAUUGUGAACGCAGAGUGGAGGGAGGCGAGGGAGAGGGAGAGGGGGGUAGCAGUGGAAAGGUGGGUGAAGGGGAGAGGUAGGGUGAAGAGCGUUAAUGAGGCGUGGACUCAAGUGGUGGAGCGAGAUAAGGGGGUGGAAGUGGGGGUUGAAGGGGGACGAGAGAGGGGGAUUGUGGGGGGUGAAGAGGGGGGAGAAGGAGGGUCUGGGGGGGAUGAAGAGGGAAGAGUGAGGGGGGCGGUCAGGGGCGGUUUGGGGGAGGGGCCGGAAGGAGGCAGAUGGGGGGCGGAAAGAAGAGGGGAUAGGGAGGAAGAGGAGAAAGAGGAGGGUGCAAGGGAGAUUGGAGGUGGUGUGGGCGCAACAGGCGCGGGGGAAACAGACUUGGGGGAGCAGGGGGUGGGGGAGCAGAGGGAGCAGAGGGAGCAGAGGGAGCAGAGGGAGCAGAGAAGGCAGAGGGAGGAGAGGGAGGAGAGGGAGGAUAGGGAGGAGAGGGAGGAGAGGGAGGAGAGGGAGGAGAGGGAGGAGAGGGAGGAAAGGGAGGAGAGGGAGGAAAGGGAGGAGAGGGAGGAGAGGGAGGCGUUUGCAGUGGGGGUGGCGGAGCAGGCACAAGGCAUCCUCCCGGACCCAGCCUCCUGUGAGUCCCUCCUCUCAGCCCUGCGCAUCGCCUCAACGCACCACGCACACCACCAAGGCCCCGCGUCGCCCCUGCUGCCCACAGCACGGGCCAUGCUGUGGCGCCUGGCGGGUGCCGGCGCUGCUCUGUCUGCUGCGGCCCUCAAUGAGGCCAUCCGCGAGGCUGCCUCGUCUCUCCUCCACUGCCUCUCACGUGCCAACAUCCCUGUUCCGGGCGGCGCACUGUUGGACGUGCUGCGGGCGGCAGCAGCGCACAGGCAGGCGGACUUUUUCGUCUUCUUGCUGCGGGAGUGGAUUUCUGCGGAUGUGACUGUAUUGGGGGGCCCGCGGGCUCUAGAGGAGGUGCUACAGCUGCUGCUGCGAUGCAGACGACCCCACCAGGUGAGGGGCAAGAGGGUGAAACGCCUACACUUUACUGGGUUGCAUUUUUACUUUCCCGCGGGCGCUAGAGGAGGUGCUGCAGCUGCUGCUAAGAUGCAGACGACCUCACCAGGUGAGAUGCAAGAGGGUGCGUGCCAUGCUGUUGUUUCUGCUGCAGCACCAGGUGUAUUGGGGGACCCGCGGGCUCUAGAGGAGGUGCUGCAGCUGCUGCUAAGAUGCAGACGACCUCACCAGGCCGUGUCAUGGUUCCGCCGCUGCUUGGGAGCGUACCCACACGCACCCCCCUCGCCAGCAGUGGUGGGGGCGCUGCUGCACUCCGUACCCCUGACUGCUGUGUCGUGGUUCCGGCGCUGCCUGGGAGCACACCCACACGCCCCCCCCUCGCCAGCAGUGGUGCGGACGCUGCUGCAUGCGCUGCAGAGGAAAAGCAUGUGGCAUGAAAUGUUGGACGUGUUCGGGUCGCUACAGCACUACCCGGGCUAUCAUGACAAGGCCUACCCGGGCUAUCAUGAUAAGGUCAACUACACGACGGUCAUCCGCACGCUCCUGCACUGCCGCCAGCCAAAGCUCGCCCUCACACUCUUCCGAGACAUGCUGGCAGCAGGGGUGCUCCACUGCGACCCCCACGGGCGCGUGCUGUCAGGCCGUGAUAACGACGCCACCCAUGAGAGGCUGCUGCAGGCCGUGCGGCAUGCGGCUCUCCUGGUGGGCGAUAGGGAGGUGCUCGGCAUGGUGGGCGGUGGUGCUGUGGGUGCUGGCGGCAAGACCAGGAGCGAGAGAUUCUGA